AGGGAGGGAGGUGUUGGAGGUGGUGGAGGGAGGGGGGCGAGUGAGUACGUUUCACAGAAUCCAGGCCUAGUAGUAUUGCCGCUGGGACUCUCCUCAUCCGCUUUCAAAAAAUUGGAAAUUGGCACAUUUAAACGCCACAAUGAGCGGGUUGAGGGCCACUUUUGCGAUGUCCGACAUCGGAAUGGUAAGAUUCUCGCGACAGAUCCCGUGUCAUGUGGCGUUUUCUGCGUGAUUUUGCUGUUUGAUGCACAUAGCCUGCAUCUGUCGGAGGGAAGCCCGUGGAAGUGUGCGGUUGUCAGCGCGUUGUGUGUCAGCGUGUGUAGCCGACGUGAACUUGCGCGUCGUCGUCUUUGCAUGCGAUCCGGCGUUUGUGUGUCUUUCUUGUGCAAUUAUGCGACCGCUGCAAGCCACGGGCGACACGCAGACACACACGCAGCUGCGCACACCUAUAUAUACACACACACACUCACACGCGUACACACGCGCAAGAUAGGCACGCGCGCGCGCGCGCAUGAACGGGUCCAUUUUAAUUCCCAAUUCGUGAUUUUUAGCGCCGGCGUGUUGACGUGUGGGGGAUUUUAACAUGACGCUAGAACAUAAUGUCAUAAUGCCGCUGCCUGCAUGCUACGUGUGUGUGAGUUUAGAGUCUGACCUUAUAGCGCCUCAUGUCAUUUUCAUCAUAUCGCGAUAACGGUCCUAAAAGGAUUUACGGCUCGACUGCGGCGUUCGCGCAAAAAAAAAAAAAAAAAACCCUCUCCUAGAAAUGUCACGUUAGGCCGGUUGGCUCGUCGUCACUCAGGAGGGAUCAUGCCAGCAUGAGUGGGCCUUAUCCAGGCCCUGGCAGGGAGACUUAUCAGUCCGGCUGCCCUUUGACCCCUGGCCGUGACCUCUCCGCCCACUCCUGCCCCUCCAGGCGGCAUGAUCACAGGUCCGGCCUGACCAUGUCUGCAGCCACCUCCUCCCUGAAGCAUGCAUCUGUCUAUGGGUUCGCACAGAGGGACCACUCCACCACUUCCUCCUCGUCCUCCUCCUCCUCUUCUUCCUACAGCCCUCUCAGGAGGCUGCAGCAUCUCACCACCAUGGUCAGCCAGCCGGACCUGGUCCUGCCACUGAGGGAGCCAGAGAGGAGCUGGGAGUGGGGGACACAUAAGAAGGAGAGGGGGAAGGCGACGAGGGAUUCCUGGGCCGACUGCACUGGCAGGGAUUAUUCUGGCAGCCAGACGACAAGCAGAGAGGAGAACUUUGCAAACUCUCUUGCGAGACAGAAACAACCCCAAGUCCAAACUGGAAGUAGAGACCCACCUGCAGCGAGUAGUCGUGAUUCGGUUGCUUCCGAGAAAAAGGCAGAAGGUGGAUUGUCAAGCCCGCCGAGCCCGGCCUUCUCUCUUGAUAGCAACAGCCCCUUUGCCAACGGUUUGCUCCACUUCGAGUCCUCUUUGUUUGAGGAUGACAACAACGACGAAGAGCAAAGGAUCGCGUCGCCAACCGGAGGCGUGCAGGAAAAGCACGAGAGGCCGGGCGGUUUCCAUCAGUCCACCGCGGCGGACUCGAAUCUUGACUCCAAGGGUGCUACGGCGUCGUCGGCCAAGGUCGUCACCCGCUCCCAGUCCUCGGGUCAGCGGAGGAGAUACUGGGACGGCUCGGAGGACGAGUGGGAAAGCGACACCGAGCUCUUUCUGUUUGAGGAUUGUCCCUCAAGGCAUCCAGUGCAGCAGAAUAACUUCAAGAAAAAGUCUUUGCCACCUGUGAAGUUUGUAGAGGGGGAAGUUGUUUGGGCAAAGUUCAACCGAAGACCAUGGUGGCCCUGUGAGGUGAUUGUUGACCCGGUACAUGGAGUCUAUCACAGAGUGAAAGAGCCCAGUGACCGGCCGUGUCGGCUCUAUUAUGUCAAGACCUUUGGGGAACCUGUGGAGCUGGUCUGGGUGGAGGAAAAAUCAACUCAAACUUUUCACGGAGGCUUUGAAUUUGAACAGCUCCUCCUACUGCGCCGGAGGGGGAAGCAAAGGGAGCAGAGCCACAAAUACACUAUUGCGAAGCGUUUUCAGGACUCCUGGAAAUCUAGUGUCGCAGAAGCAGAAUCUGUUCUCCCAGAGAGACCAAAAAUGGCUUCCACCAUUUCUUCGUCCAUAGAUGAUGCCUUCCAGGACAGCUCCACACUGGAGAGGGAAGACAAGGCCCAUCCAACAUUUCCUCUUUCCAGUUCCCCGACCUGUUGCCUUCCGGAAACAACGCACAUAACUAAUGGAUCCAUUUCAUCUCCAGUAACCUCACUCCAAGUGACAUCUCCGACAAAUCCAAGCACUUUAAAGAAAUCUUCCAGCAAGAAGAAACAGAGUAAAUCAUCAAAAGACACGAGUAGUAAACACUACUCUAAAAAGGCACUCAGUAACAGCCCUGACCAAUCAGACAGAGACAAUGGAGAGUGCCCAUACUCCGACCUUGACUCUGUCCCUAAGAUAUUGUGUCCUAAAGCACUUGAACGUCAGCAUAAGUUAGUUCCAACUCAGCUCUCUGUUACAGUUGUGAAAGAGGUGAAGAAGCAGCCUGAGAUUCAGACUGGUCUUUGGUUUAGCAAAUCAGGCAAAGACAGACGACCAAAAACAACCAGCCCAAUGCCGGACCGCACUCUCUUUGGUAAGGUGCCCUGCAAGAAGAAGAACUCAUCCGUUGUUAGUAAAAAGACGCUGGUUCCUUGUGCCACCUCCUAUUCCAGCGGUGGGGCUAGUGACCAAUCAGGGUUAUCGGACAAAAAUAAGCCUCUUGAAACCAAUCUAACACCUGAACAAUCAGGACAGUUGAAGUGUAAAAACACCCCGGCUGCUAAUAAUAUUUUUGAUACCACUGACAGUCCUAAUGACCAGAUGUCCUUGGUUUCCUUUAGCAGUGAAACCUCAAAGAGUAGGCAGAUAGUUGAUGAUUCAGCAGACACUUUUACUGGCCAGGUAGCUAGUCCAGAUGUUAAAAAACCUUUAGAGACCAAUAUAAAUGUCAGUUUAAGUGACCAGUCCGGGUUUUUAGAAAGCGUGAAGUGUGUUAGUCGAAUUGAACACUCUGAGAAAAAGUCCACUAGAAAUGUUCAAAUAACUGACAAUGUUUCGGACCAAGGCAAGGAAAGCAUCCCGACUUCACUGUCCAGUUUACAAACGAAAACAGCCAAGUCAUCGACAGGGAUAGAAAAGCAAACGAGUUUGGUCUCUAAGUGUAGGGUUCCCUUUGUGAAAUUAGUACGCAAGGACAUGAAGGACAAAAGGUUCCUAAACUCCAGUAUUUGUCCCACUGACAAAGGAGUCACAAAGAAAGAGAAAAUAACAGAUAAUAAUGUGACUAAAAUAUCCUCCAAACAAUCACACUGGAUGGAAGACAAAGCAGCAGACAGUUCAGAAUCCAUAAGGUUCUCCGUUAAGAAGUUAAAAGCGAGCAGUGGUUCUGGUUUGCUUCAUCUCUCAACAGAGUCAUCACAGGGGAGUGAAACUGUCACCUCCAAUAUGUCCGCUGAUGAGCUGUGUAGCACAGAAGCCGAAAGGAUACCAGUUUCAAAUGUAAGCCCAAGCAAUGUAACGUACCCAACCUCUAACCAGUCAGACAAGACAGAAGGUGAGGAGGCUUCUCCUUCUGUAAAGAGCAAGUCCUUUGACCAGGUGGACAGUUCAGAGCCACUCCUCACAAGUACAACUCAUAGUUCUUCUGUUCUGCCUCCUCACCAGCAUGAGAGCUCAGAAUGUAGCAGUGCUCUUGCGCCCGAAGGCCCGUCACCUGAGAUAUCAAAGAAGGCUGUUCACAAAUCCAAGCAGGUUCGAGAUGAAGUCCUACAUGAGCAGCCUGCGCACCUUCCUGCCAGCAAUCGGCUGAUGACUAGAGCGCUGAAGGCCAUGCAUGAGAAACGUGAAAAAGCCCAAAAGAAGACUAAACAUAAACAACUCUUGACUCCUUUCAGAAAAGCUGAGGACCUUGUGUGGAAGCCUGAAGCUAAGCAGGACUCAUGCACUAAGAUAAAAUCUUUGAAAUCCCGUAAUAAUGACAAUGGUGAGUGCAAUCAGGAUGCUUUUUCUAGCUGUAGUACAUCCCCUUUGAUAUUUUCUGAUUCAAAUGACUUUGAUGUCAAGAGUGAAGAUGAAGACCUCUCAAUAUCUUCUACUCCGCCAAUGGACUUCAUACCCCUCACCUCUAGAGUAAAGGCAAAGAAGGAGGAUCAUUCCUCUGACAUAAGCUCCGUGUCUUCACCGCCCUCACCAUUUUCUUUUAUGAAUGCGUUUAAAAAUGUAGAUGAGGUCUCCUUUCAGUCAGUGACAAAUGAGAGCGGUAAACCCAUCUCCUUCAAGCCAGACACAAACUACAAGUUCAGCACGUUUCUCAUGAUGCUGAAGGACUUGCACGACACUAGAGAGCGAGACGGGGCGCCCUUAGAACUGGAUAUUGGGCCUCCGAGUGCACAUGUCAAGGAGGAGCCCUUAGUGAUGCCAGGGGAAGCUACGCCCAUGGGUCAAGAUCAAAGAAACACAUAUGGUCUGAGCACUUCAAAUACAAGUCCAGAUAAAUCUGUAGUCACACACACUGAAGUCGGCGUCCACCAGAUAUCCAAGAGAUCCUAUAACAGAAGGAGCAACUCCACCGGGGGUAAAAAGAAACCCAACCGCAAAGUGCCUUGUCGUCCUGGCAGGUCUGGACCUGGCUUCCCAGGACUGGAGUCCCCGUCACGAACGACAUCCUUGAUGGCUGUGGACUCCUCGUCACGAGUGGAUUUCCCUUCGAGAGUAUUGGGUUGGGAGAGGCAGGUUGGAGGUGGGGAAGGGCUGAUUGGCGCAGACAAGGAGGAGAGAUGGCAUCGGGUAAAAGAGAAUCUACAGAUCAUGGUGCCUUUGGAGCAGAACAAGUGUAACGCUACGCUUUGUCGGAAACAGUCGAACGACCUUUUUGCACACUGCCCUAAAAGUUUGACGCACAACACUGGAGGAGGUGACAUGGCUCCAACAGUGUCCGUGUCAGCACAUAAACGAAUAAGAAAACCAAGCAAGAGGCUGAUUGAAUGGACAGAAGAAUACGACCAGAUUUUCUCCACAAGGAAGAAAACCAAAAAGCCUCUCCAGUCGAUUGGAAAGGCCGCCCAGCCCAUUACCUCCAUGGCUGAACCCUCGGGGUCAGACAGAAACGCACUCGACCACCCAUCCUUCAGCUUACUUCCUGAAAUACAGACGCCGCCUCCUGAGGAAAUCGCUACGACGACGUCGACGACGACGACGACGACGCCCUCUGAACUACAAAUCCCCAGCACUGAAAACACAACUUCCCAGGAUGCACCGGUGCUUUCCAUCGACACGUUGACCCCUCCUCCUGAAGCCGAACCUUCGCCGACAGAGGGCCUCAUCAAAGACGACGGCCAUCUGAGUUGGAGUUUAAAACCAGACGAGACAAGAUCACAUGACUCAAAAGCUCGUAACUUUUUGGUCAAAUCUCUGAAAAGAAGUGGUCCCAUGCUGGAGAAGAAGCGGAAGAGGAAACCGACCCAGAAGCUCCUGGAGUACUGCCUGGAGGCCGAGGUCGUGACGGGACCCAAGAAGAAGGUCAAAACACUGAAGAACAAUCCUGCUCCUCAGUCCGAUUCAACAGCACCACCUGUAAAAUCAAAGAGUAAACCACCUGCAGCCUCCACCUCCACCUCUACGCCGACCCCAGAGACUUCCUCCUCUACACCCUCCAUUCAGACCAAACCCAGCUCCCCUGAACCCCCCGCUCCAGCACCAGCACCAGCACCAGCUCCACCCAAACCCAGUCCGGUGGAGGCAGCGCCAGCCGACCUUGAUCCUCCCCCUCAGCCAGACGACAGCACGGCUCAGGAGGUCAAAAAGGACGAGUCAGAAGGCGAAGCGUCCAGCCUGGACCACAGUUUCUCCUCCAUGAAGGACGACUUGUUGCUGUGCGAUGACGCUCUUUUACCAACGAGGAAGAUCAUAGGCGACCGAGGAGGGCCGGCCUCCAUGAAGGAGAACAUUUGUCAGGUGUGUGAGAAGACGGGGGAGCUGCUGCUUUGCGAGGGUCAGUGUUGUGGAGCUUUCCACCUCGCCUGCAUCUCUCUGGCCGAGGCCCCGAAAGGGAAGUUCAUCUGUCCUGAAUGCAAAUCCGGCGUCCACACCUGCUUCGUGUGUAAGAAGCGCAGUGAAGACGUGCGACGCUGCAUGAUUCCCGUGUGCGGGAAGUUUUACCACGGGGAGUGCAUCGCCAACUUCGCCCCGACCGCCCCCGUGAACCGCGGCUUCCGCUGCUCGAUCCACGUCUGCCUCACCUGCUUCAUCGCCAACCCCAACAGCUCCACCAUCUCCAAGGGUCGUCUGGUCCGAUGCGUGCGCUGCCCGGUGGCCUAUCAUGCUACAGACCUGUGCAUGGCAGCCGGCACCGUCGUGCUCUCCAACAACAGCAUCGUCUGCCCGAACCACUUCACCCCACGCCGCGGCGUCAAGAACCACGAACACGUCAACGUCAGCUGGUGCUUCGUCUGCACCGAAGGGGGCAGUCUGCUCUGCUGUGAGUCCUGCCCUGCUGCGUUUCACCGGGAGUGUCUGAACAUCGAGAUGCCUAAAGGCAGCUGGUACUGCAACGACUGCAAGGCCGGGAAGAAGCCUCGCUACAAGGAUAUCCUCUGGGUGAAGGUUGGACGUUACAGGUGGUGGCCUGCAGAGGUCAGCCAUCCCAAAACCAUCCCUGAGAACAUCCAGCGGAUGCGGCACGAUGUCGGGGAGUUUCCCGUUCACUUCUUCGGCUCCAACGACUACCUGUGGACCUACCAGGCCCGGGUCUUCCCGUACAUGGACGUGGACGCAAACAGCAAAGAAAAAAUGGGCAAAGGUGUCGAUGCGACCUACAGGAAAGCUUUGGAGGAGGCGGCCGUGCGAUUUCGCGAGCUGCAGGCGGAGAAGGAGCUUCGGCAGCUUCAAGAGGACAGGAAGAACGACAGGAAGCCGCCGCCGUACAAACACAUAAAGGUGAAUCGACCAAUAGGAAAGGUUCAGAUCUUUACCGCUGACCUAUCGGAGAUCCCCCGCUGUAACUGCAAGGCGACGGAUGAGAGUCCGUGUGGAAUGGACUCUGAGUGCAUCAACCGCAUGCUGCUGUACGAAUGCCACCCACAGGUUUGCCCGGCGGGGGACCGCUGCCUCAACCAGGCCUUCACCAAGCGUCAGUACAGCCAGGUGGAGAUCUUCAGGACGUUGUCCCGAGGCUGGGGCCUCCGCUGUGUCCACGACAUCAAGAAGGGUCACUUUGUGAGCGAGUACGUCGGGGAGGUGAUCGACGAGGAGGAGUGCAGGUCGAGGAUCAGACACGCUCAGGAGAACGACAUCUGCAACUUCUACAUGUUAACUCUGGACAAGGACCGGAUCAUCGACGCUGGGCCGAAGGGGAACGAGGCUCGCUUCAUGAACCACUGCUGUCAGCCGAACUGCGAGACGCAGAAGUGGACGGUGAGCGGAGACACCCGGGUGGGACUGUUCGCUCUCGUCGACAUCAGUGCAGGCACAGAGCUCACCUUCAACUACAACCUGGAGUGUUUGGGGAACGGGAAGACGGUUUGUAAAUGUGGAGCACCAAACUGCAGCGGCUUCUUGGGCGUCAGGCCAAAGAACAACCCUCCAAAGGAGGACGACAAAGGCCGUAAGCUGAAGAGAAGGGGCCACGGCAAGAAGAAGAAGAAGGUGGUGUUGACCAAAGAAAGAGAGGACGAGUGUUUCAGCUGCGGAGACGGAGGACAGAUGGUUUCCUGUAAGAGACCUGGAUGUCCCAAAGUUUACCACGCAGACUGCCUCAACCUCACCAAGAGGCCUGCAGGUCGCUGGGAAUGUCCGUGGCAUCAGUGCGACGUCUGCGGUAAGGAGGCGGCGUCCUUCUGCGAGAUGUGCCCCAGCUCUUACUGCGCCCAGCACCGCGACGGCCUGCUCUUCAUCUCCAAGCUGGACGGAAAGUUGUCCUGCAGCGAACACGACCCCUGUGGACCAGAUCCGCUGGAACCGGGGGAGAUCCGGGAGUACUCCGGGCUGGGCAUGGCCGUCAUCCCCCCGGCUGACAAAAACACUAACAGCGGCGUGACCCCCGCUCCCAGGAGGGUCCAGGAGGGCGGCAGCAGCGUCGGCGGCAGCAGCGUCGGCGGUAGCAGCGUUGGCGGUGGCGCCGGCGGCGGGCGUGCUUCCGAGUCAUUUCCUGCUUUUUCCAUCCCGGUACCCAUCACUAUUCCCGUCACGGCUCCUGCCUCCUCGCCUCCCCACAGCUGCUCCGACGCUCUCAGCAGCCCCCACGUGUUCGACCUGCCGCACUACUCGCCCAUCUCCUCGUAUGAGGAGGAGAGGGACGUCCUAGAUGAGGAUGAAGAGGAGCUGCUGGCGGAAGAGGAGGAGGAGGGGGAGUUGGUGGAGGAGGGCGAUGAAGGGAGGCAGAAAUCUCAAGAGGAAGAUGAAGAGGCAGAGUUGGAGGAGGUGGGGCUGGAAUACUUGGAGGAGGAGGAGGAGGAGGAGGAGGACGACGACGGCGACGAUGAGGAGGAUGACGACGACGAUGAGGAGGAGGAGGAGGAGGAGGAAGAAGAGGAAGAGGAGGAAGAGGAGUGAUGCACAGUUGACUAUUAUUUACUACACUCACUACAGAAAUGUCUUUGUAUUCAAACAUCAGUCGUCUAUAUGGAGGGAGGAUUUUUAGGACAAACAUUAAUUUAAAAAAAACAUAAAUUGUGAAGUUUAUAAAUAAAGGAAUAAAUCAUCAGUACUGUAUAAAUUUAAAUCUAUUUACUGACACAUACUCAACAGUUUCACAGUUUAUUUAUGCUCGCAUUGUGUGGUUUUGUCCUUGUAGUCGCUUCCUGACGUCGCUGCGCGCUAGCAGCCUUCAUACGGGACACAAACGAGAAAACUAUUAGGAGCGUAAAAACACAAGACUUGUAAACUUCACUUGAGUAUAUUCGUUUUCUCACAGGUUCACCUGCUGGUUCUCUUCACUGUGUUAUUUCAGGUGUCAUACGCGUCCUUCAAAAUCUGUGGUUGUAGAGACGAGUUGUCAACAAAUGACUCAACAGGUUCAGGUCAUCGUGAGAGACUUCAUGGGACUGAAUUAGAUCAGGAGUAUGUUUAUGUCUGUGCAGGUCGUGGGUGGCUGUGAUCACAUAAGUACCAGAAACAAACCAUAAUUAAAGCUAUUGGAGUCCUCUGUAUCGUUUAUAAGUUUGGUUUCGCUGUCAAACCUCCAACAAGCCUCUCUACCAGACUCAACAUGGUCAGCGGACUUAAGUAAUUUGGAUUUUGCUGGACACAAACUGCUGCCAUCAUCUGUCCACUGUCUGGAGCUUCCACUAUUACCAGUCUCCUCUCUAUUCUCUAUUUUUUUUUCCUUUUUUUUCUCAAUGCCUCGCAUUGUUAGUCGGUGCUUCGAGAUCAGACCAUGCAACGGGUUCGGCUACAGUCCAAUGGAAUUAUUUCCUUUUCCUAAAUCAUCAAUCAACAGAUUGAGUUGCAGCUGACACUAUUAGUUCACAAGAAGCAUGGAGAUGACAAUUUCAUGCCAAAAAUAACCAAGUGGAUUAAGAGUUUAUGGUAAAGAUGCAACAGAAGUAUUUACACCAUAAGUGGACAAUCUCUGAGGUUGUUUUGCAGCUUGUUGGACUGACUCCUGGAACAGUGGACAACAUGAAACACCUUUCCUUCGACUGUGUCUGGUGCAGAGGUAGCACUUAGUUUGCUCCAGUGUGUAUGCCGUUCUCUGUAGUCAUUAUUUAUAUACUGUUCUGUGACGCACAAAUGAUGGAGGAAGAAAAGAUGAGUUGUCGGCGUUCUCUCUCCUCGCCGUUGGCUCUCCAUCGAGGGGAAACAAAAAGUUUGAUUGGAAACAAGACAGACUCUUGCCAUGACGCUCGCACUUCACUUACGUGUUCCUGCCACUUGUUUCGCUCCGUCUUCAAGCUUGAUAUUGUCUGUGUGUGAUCUGCCAAUGCCUUAGAGUGUAUUUCUUUGGAGAUAUUUUUAAGGAAUGGUUUGGCGCUGGUGAGAGCCAAGUUCCCCUUCUAAUGCCUUUUUACAGUUGCCCAAGUAAUGUUUCAUUCCAGUGUAAUUAUGACCUGUUAGAUCUCAACCAUUGACCUGCUAUAUAAAUAUAUAAGAAGAAGUUAUGAAAUAA